AUGGAUUCAGACGAGGAAUUCGGAACGUCUCUGUCGCCAGAAGAGCUUUCUGAUGACGCGAUCGAAGUGGCCGACGAUGCAUCCACUCCUGUGGCAGGCAUUUCGAACCGUACGAGGAAGAAGACGGUGAAGAAGGUUAACCAGGUAGAGUUGAUGGGCCAGAGUGGUGGUUAUUCUUGGGAAGACGAGUAUAGAAGGUCAUGGGAUAUUGUCCAAGAAGAUGAGUCGGGAUCUAUUGAAUCGAUAGUGUCUGGUCUGGUGGAGGCCCACAAAAAGCGACUGUUGAAGAAUGUGACUCCGUUCCAGAGAGGUAUUAUCAGAACAUUGGUGUUGGUGCUUGAUUUCAGCAAAGUGAUGAGCGAGAAAGAUUUGAGACCUAGUCGGGCUUCCCUAAUGCUUUCAUAUGCGAUUGACUUCAUUAACGAGUUUUUCGAUCAGAAUCCGAUAUCGCAGAUAGGUGUGGUGAUCAUGAGAAACGGACUGGCCCAGCUAGUUUCUGAAGUAAGUGGAAACCCUUUCGAUCACAUUGAAGCAUUGAACAAACUGAAGCGGGUGGAGCCUCAGGGUGAUCCUUCGUUGCAGAAUGCACUGGAAAUGAGCCGGGGUUUGCUGAUGAACACUCCCACCCACUCAACCAGGGAGGUGUUGAUAGUGUUUGGUGCUCUCUUCACCUCGGAUCCGGGCGAUAUCCAAAAAACCAUUACUCAUCUCCAGAAAACGGCAAUACGAGUGCGCAUAAUUGGCCUUACUGCUCAUGUCCAGAUUUGCAACGAAAUCUGCGAAAAAACAAAUUUUGGAGACUCCAAAAACUCGUACUGGGUGAUCCUGAAUGAAAAGCAUUUCAAGGAGUUGUUCAUGGAUGCGGUGAUUCCAUUGGCAGUAGCAAAAUCCACAACUGAAAAGUUUACGCUGGUGAAGAUGGGAUUUCCUUCCAGGGUUGCCAAUUUCGGUACACCAACGUUUUGUUCAUGUCACUCAAAGCUCAUAUAUGGAGGCUACAUAUGUCCCAGUUGCAAGGCCAACAUUUGUCUUUUGCCAACCAUUUGUCCUUGCUGCAACUUGAUGCUGAUUUUGUCUACACAUCUGGCAAGAUCAUACCAUCACUUAUUUCCACUCAAAUUGUUCUCAGAAAUACCUGUUAGCAAGGCAUACGAGUCUACGAACUGCUUUGGGUGCCAGAAGAGUUUCCCCAGUAAGGGCGUGAACAGCGAGCUGGUUCACGAAGCUGAAAAACACAGACAAACAGCAGAUUUUAUCACGAGCUCAAGGUACAGAUGUGAGGAUUGUCGCAAAGAUUUUUGCAUCGAUUGCGACGUUUUUGUGCAUGAGGUGUUGCAUAACUGUCCCGGAUGUGAGGCUGACAAUCUGAGGUUAGAUGAAGAGUAG